AAUUCGGCUUUCAUGAAUCAUGAUCCACUCUAGAUCAAAACCUAUAAUUCAAUCACAUAGAUUCCUACUGUAUCACUUCAGAACCCGCAUAGAUUCUCGAGAAUGUCACACCUUUGGUCCAAAGAAACCCAGAACCAAAUCCAAGCAGGAACAACAUCACAGAACCACACAGAAGCAAUGCAAAUCCACACCUUUUCUUGAGGAUGUGAAAAAGGUACAAGACCCAGAAGAAGCUCUUUCUCUAUUUCAUGAGUAUCACCGAUCGGGAUUUAGGCAUGAUUAUCCUUCAUACGCUUCACUUGUAUACAAGCUCGCAAAAUGUCGCGAUUUCGAUGCUGUUGAGACCGUCAUUGGUUAUAUACAAGACUAUAACAUUCGGUGCAGGGAAACCCUCUUCAUUGCGUUGAUUCAACAUUAUGGAAAAGCUCAAUUGGUCAAUAAGGCCAUUGAGCUUUUUCAUAGAAUGCCUUCUUUUGAUUGUUUCAGAACACUGCAGUCUUUGAACUCACUUCUUAAUGUUCUUGUUGAUAAUGAUCGGUUUCUGGAUGCAAAAGAGAUUUUUGACAGGUCAGAUGAAAUGGGGUUUCGUCUGAAUUCGAUAUCAUUUAAUAUACUGAUCAAGGGUUUGCUUGAGAAGGACAAAUAUGAAGAAGCUUGCAAUCUGUUCGAUGAAAUGCUUGAAAGAGAAGUGCAGCCUAGUGUUGUUACAUAUAACAGCCUUAUUGGGUUUUUGUGUAGAAAGGGUGAUGUAGAUAAAGCAAAAGGUUUGCUUGAGGACAUGAUUAAGAAGGGGAAGUACCCGAAUGCUGUAACGUAUGCUUUGUUGAUGGAAGGUUUGUGUUCUAUAGGGGAGUACAAGGAAGCAAAAAAGGUGAUGUUUGAUAUGGAAUACCGGGGAUGCAAACCAACGGUUGUUAACUUUGGUGUUCUGAUUUCUGAUCUUGGAAAGAGGGGAAAGAUUGAGGAGGCACAGUCAUUGCUUAGUGAAAUGAAAAAAAGGCGGUUCAAGCCGGAUGUUGUCAUUUAUAACAUACUUGUGAACUAUCUGUGCAAGGAGGGCAGAGUUGCUGAGGCUUAUAAAGUUUUGACUGAAAUGCAGAUUAGAGGUUGUCAGCCUAAUGCAGCAACUUACCGGAUGAUGGUUGAUGGCUUUUGCUUGUCUGGGGAUUUUGAGGGAGGUUUGAAGGUUUUGACUGCAAUGUUGAGCAGCAAACACUGUCCCCGUUUAGAAACAUUUUGUUGUUUGGUUUCAGGCCUGAUGAAGUAUGGGAAGAUUGAUGAUGCUUGCUUUGUUUUGGAGGAGAUGGAGAAGAGAAAGAUGAGAGUUGAUUUGAAUGCUUGGGAAACUCUGGUUAGAGAUAAUUGUGGUGACGAAGCUGCAAGUAAACUUCUAACUGAACUCAUCUCUGUCAUUCAAUAGAAACAUGUAAGACACUCUGCCUGCUUUCAAUUUUGGUAUAGACCAAUCCAUUGUUCAAUCAUCCUUCGAAUUUUCUUUUGGUACAAUAAGGAAACAACAUAGAUAACUAGGGAUGGCAAUUUCUUCUUAGACCCGCAAAGGUCUGGGGAUCCUUGCUGUAGGCAUCGUUGCCACGGGGAAGAAGAUUCUAAGAAUAUUCUUUCCUGUGGGUGGGAAUGGAGGCACUCUUUUCCUUAUAAAUUUCUCCAUCCUGU